UUAGAAAUGAUUUCAUCUGAUAGCUUUUGCGAGGCGAAGUCGGCAGAAGCGGAGCAAGAAUUAAAUAAAGAACCGGAAAAGCAUCCUAUCUGCAUAAUAGUUCUUGGUAUGGCUGGUUCCGGCAAAACAACUUUUGUACACAAGCUGACUUCAUACUUAACUGAGUAUAAGAAAGAGAUAUAUACUGUUAACCUGGAUCCUGCUGUCUACCAUGUUCCAUAUCAUACAAAUAUAGAUAUUCGCGACAGUGUAAAAUUCAAAGAAGUGAUGAAACAGUAUGGCUUUGGGCCAAACGGUGCCAUUAUGACUUCGCUUAAUUUUUUUACUUCUCAGUUUGAUCGAGUUAUCAACUUGAUUAAUAAGAACUCCUCGAGGGUCGAAUACGUAAUUUUUGAUACCCCUGGUCAGAUUGAAGUUUUUACUUGGUCUGCCUCGGGCACAAUCAUUACAGAAGCCUUGUUUUCCUUACAAAUGCAUUAUUUUGACACGGUUGAUAGGCUUAGUAGCACUAGGGGUCUUGUAUUCAUGCUUGACUGUGAGCAGAUAUUGUAUUUGGCCAGAUAA